AUGACAGUUUCGGUCCUCGGCAAGCGCCAACGCGGCUCAAUUGACACAGAAGCUCCGUCGUUGCCUUUGCGCAGUGCAAGCAAGCGCUGCACGCGAACCCCCCGGAUUUUGCAAGAGCUCUCCGAACCGACCGUCUCCUCCACUCGCCCACUGCGGUCGAACGCAAGCCGGACAAGGAGUGGCAGUAUCUUCCACCAUGAGAACGAGAACAAUGGCAGUACUCGGAAGUCACCGUCCAAUGAAAAUGAUCGCCCCAAGCAUACAACGCAACACGAAGAGCCGCCUUCUCCAGUCAAGAUCAACACUCAUUUCCGUGCCUCCAAAUCUGCCCAGCCCCGGCCCUCGGAAGAGACCUAUGGCGAUGAGAACUCCAAGCCAGUUGAGAUCAAGACUCCUUCCAAAUCUCGAUAUCGUGAUGCGAUCGACUCUACCCCUGUCACUCCCAAGCACCGCGUCCAGGUUGGCGGGAAGUCGUUGACUCCUCGUACUCCUCGACAAACCUCUACACCGACGACUACGUCGACUACGACUCAAACAAUUUACACCAAUGCGCGACAGCUAUUCGCACGUGGUGCAAGCUCGGGUCGCAUUGUCGGUCGGGAUGCAGAACGCGAAAAGCUUCUCUCCUUUCUACAGGAUGGUGUGGAGUCGCGGAAGGGAGGUUGUUUGUACGUUAGUGGUCCUCCGGGUACCGGUAAAAGUGCAAUGGUUCAGGAGGUGUGCGGUGAGAUGGAUCUGAGCUCGGUCAAAGUCGCCCAUGUGAACUGUGCGAGUAUGCGGCUGGCCAGGGAUGUGUACAGCAAACUUGUUGAAGAACUCUGUGAUGACAGCCAGGUAUUCAAGAAGAGCGAGGCAGAGAGACUGAGAGGUCUUUUUGUCCCAAAGGACAAGCGGGAUGAUAUGUUUUUGGUCACGUUGGACGAAAUUGACCAUCUGCUUACUUCCGACGCUGAAGUUCUCCAGACUUUGUUUGAAUGGUCGUUGCAGGGCCAGUCAAAGCUUCUGCUGGUUGGUAUCGCCAAUGCUCUCGAUCUGACGGAUCGUUCUCUCCCACAACUUAAGGCAAAGAACCUCAAGCCCCGCUUGCUUCCGUUCUUGCCGUACAACGCCAACCAGAUCGCCAGCGUUAUCAUCAACCGCCUUCGUUCCCUCAUCCCUGCGGGUCAAGCCGAAGACCCCAAUUUCGUGCCAUUUGUGCAGCCGGCAGCCAUCCAGCUGUGCUCGAAGAAAGUCGCAGCUCAGACGGGUGAUCUACGGAAGGCCUUUGAGCUUGUCAAGAGCGCGAUCGAUCUGGUCGAGCAGGAGACUUUACAGAAACUCGAAAAGCAGAAUGCGGAGCAGGGUAGCCCUUCGAAGACUAUCCUAGUCGAGAACAACAAUCUUUCAUCCCCUUCUCGAUCUAUGCAGAGUCUUACUUUGGCUUAUACCGUUCUGACUGCACCCCGCGCCAGCAUUGCCCACAUCGCACGCAUCACCUCUGCAGCUUUUGGUCAGGGCACGGUCCAGCGGCUUCAGGGUCUCAACCUCCAGCAGAAGGCAGCGAUUUGCGCGUUGAUCGCGCUUGAUCGUAAGCGACGUGACGGGGAAUUCCCGCCGACUCCGUCUAAGACGAAGCACAUGCCUCCGACGGUCAAACAGAUUUUCGACACAUACUGUACCCUCUGUCGCAAGGACAAUAUUCUUCACCCUCUCACUGCCACGGAAUUCCGAGAUGUCCUGAGCAAUUUGGAGACGCUUGGCCUUGUCGGUGAAUACCAGGGACGAGGCCGAGGUGGCACUGUUGCUGGUGGAUCGAACUUGAGACGUAGCCCUUCCAAGUCUGCUAUUGGGGCCUUGACUCCCAGCAGGGCGAUGGAUGAGCAGGGUCUUGUCUGCUUCGUUUCCCAGAGGGAGAUCGAAAGUCAGAUUGCGGGCCCCGGAGAAGGCAUUCUUCGAAGAUUACUCAUGGGCCAAGGCCUGUGA